AUAUCUAUAUCUAGAAGCAGCGUGCAAGUAAACGGCAGUCGCCAAUGAAAACUGCGAACCGUUUAGACUUUGUUGGGAUGUACAGCUUUAACUUCAAUUGCUUUUAUUGUAAUUUAGAAGUUACUGGCUUUUGGAAAAACGACGAAUCAUUUGUGAUUGACGUAAACGGUUGAUAAUGGAUAAGGAAACGCAAAGCGAGAUGAAACACGAAAUGCCCAUGCAGAAUUCCGACGUGGAUUUCUCGGAAAACCAAGGUUCCGAUCCUGAGAGUGUGGGUAAACAAAUGUCAGAUUCUGGUGUACUGCACUGUCGAAAUGGGAAUCGUAAGAAGAAGCACCGUCGUGGUAAAAGGCAUCAUCGGAAAUGGAAACCUUAUAACAAGAUGACUUGGUCUGAGAGACAAGAGAUGGAUGAAAGAGAGACACAACGAGCCACACAGAAGCGCGAGGAAGCCUUCGCAUCAGGACAUCCGCGAGCUCCUUACAACACAACACAGUUUCUAAUGGAUGAUCACAUUAAAAACGAACCGGUGAGGUCGCCUUAUAUGCAGGAAGAAGUUCGCCACGCGAAAGAUCCUUCCACCAGCUGUGAUUCAUCGGAGGAUUAUGAAAGUACAGACGAAGAGAAAAACUUUAUUGCUCGGGAAUUCUCUGAGACUUACGACAACAUCCAUGCCGAACGGUUGCAGAGUAUGUCGAAGGAAUCCCUGAUUAAGGAAUACAUAGAACUGGAGUCUAAGUUAGAAAGAGCAGAAACAAAACUAAAAGAGAAGGACAACUUACACAAAAAACCGAGCGACGGUUCCAAUGAACAUUAUUCUGUGAGUAGCGAAGAAGAGGUGAUGGAUUGCGAAAAGCGAAUUCUUCGGGAUGAGUUGCAGCGAUUACUUGCAGAGAAUGAACGCCUCAAAGUGGAGAAUGAAAAACUCAAGAAAUGUUUCACAGUCACCUAACUCUGGCCAGAAUACACACCAAUAUAUAUAUAUCUGUCUAUAUAUAUAUUUCUUUCUGUUAAAACUUGCAAGAUCCAUUCAUUAAUGUAGGUGUCUGAAGAUUGAGGAAACUGGUGGAACCUAAAGAAAAUGGUACCAAUGACCUGCCAUUAGAGAAACAAUGGGUUUUGGUAAAUGGCUCCUUCACCAUAGAAUGAGAGAAGUUGACCGGAAUCUAAUGGAUUCCAAGGGACUUUACUGUGUUCACCAGAUCAGUUUAAUAAGUUCGUUUAUUUGGAUAAACUAACGAUAUUUACUUCACUACUACAAGGAGGGGCUGAGUAUAAUCCAGAGAGAAGAAUAGCAUUGAAUACCAUUUGAAGGGCAAGUAGAGUUGAAGGCUUUGCCUCAAGACACAGCACAAUGCCUGCAGCUGAAUAAAAAGAUAAAAACCUAUGAACCAAGUGUCUCAUUUUUAAUUAAUUCAAGGACUUCAGCUUAAAGAUUGGAUUAAUGAAACUUUUUAUUAAUCAGACUGGAGGAAGUAACACAUUGGAGACCAGAGGAUAAAGAAUUAUUAGAAAUGAAGAGUUGUGAAAUUAUAUUGAUUACCAGAUUGUAUGUUAUGAUUUGGUCAAGGCAUUGAACUUGUCUUGCUACUCUUACCUGGCAGAACAGCAGGUAAGAACAGAGAGAGAGAGUGAGUUGGUAAUGGAAUAAAAAUACUCAUUAAUUGACAUAUUGUUAAAAGUGAGAUUUACCUUAUGCAAAAUAUUUUGUUUAAAUAUACUUAAAGAACUGUUAAAAAAAAUAAAGAAUUUAUAAUUGAA